AAACGAUGGUGCUGUCUGGCUGUGGUGGUGGUGGGGGGAGGACUAGUCAGUGAAGAAAAGAAAUGGCGAUGCUCGGAGGCUUYAGCUCAGCACCGCACAAGAAAAGUGUGUCCGACGAAAGCAACGACGUGUCGGAAUUCAUCUGUCCCGUUUGUCUCGAAAUUUUCGAGAGUCCCGUAACAACACAAUGCGGACAUACGUUCUGCCAGAGUUGUUUGCAAGAAUGUCUGCGUCCACAGAAACCUGUGUGUGCUGUAUGUAGGGCCACUCCAGGGAUUCUAACUAAAGCUACUAAUCUAGAGGCCCUCAUCCAGUCAUCUGUGGCAGCUUGUAAGGGAUGUGGCGUUCAGGUUGGCCUGUCUCAGAUGAGAACCCACACAGCGGCUUGUUCGAAAUAUCAGGAGUACAUUGAGGAAGGGGUGAGGACCACAGCCCAGAGCCAGCCUACCGUUAUCAGUCCAAUGCCAAACCGCUACACUUUCUCCUGCCCCUACUGCAACUGCCAGAACCUCGAUCAGGAUGGCCUAGUUGAACAUUGCACUUCCCAACAUGCUCGAGAUCCACGUCAAGUGGUUUGCCCUAUUUGUGCCUCAAUGCCUUGGGGAGAUCCUAAUUACAGGAGCGCUGAUUUUUUCCAGCACCUCAAGAUCAGACACACCUUCUCUUAUGAUACAUUUGUUGAUUACUCCACAGAUGAGAACACAAUGAUUCAGGAGGCUUUACAGCGCUCCCUUUUGGACAACUGAAGUGUGAGAAACAAUCGAGUGGGAYGAGAAGUUCAGGAGGGAGGAAAAAGGAAGAGAAGAUUGUCUUAAAAAGACACAACUCUACACUGUAUCAUCCAUGCAACUGGUGUAACUGAACUGCUAUGGGUAAUUAUUUUCACAGGGACAUUGUGUCGUAUCUUUGAAUCUACAGGUUAAAUAAUCAAAAAUAAACAAAUCAGACAGGCUUAAAAAAACAUGUUGUGCUGAUUUGACACUGA